AUGCCCGAGUCAGCAGUGCGACACUGCCGGUCGAGGCUGAUCUCUCCCCUCCCUCCCAGUCGGCUCGCGGAUGCACUCCCCGAAUCAUUUCCUCCGCUACGGCUUGGCAUCGUGGACGUUGUCACCAGCUCGUCGUACCCUCACUCAGGUCGUUUCGCCGUCACCGCGAGAGCGAGCCAAGAGGUCGAUGCCACCAGCCAGUUCUCGCCGGUUCUCGUGGACAACUUCAGCCGCCGCCAUAACUACCUGCGCAUAUCACUUACGGAGCGCUGCAACCUCAGAUGCUUCUAUUGUAUGCCCAACGAGGGCGUUGAUCUUUCUCCGCGUUCACAUAUCCUCGACGAUGACGAAGUGCUUCGCUUGGCCACGCUCUUCGUCAAAAGUGGCGUUACCAAGAUCAGGCUCACCGGCGGUGAACCGACUGUCCGGAAGGGGCUGGUUGACAUCGUAGGCAGACUCAAUACGCUCCGAGAAUCCGGGCUCCGAAGCAUUGGUUUGACAAGCAACGGCUUAGUGCUCCAUCGCCAACUUCAAGAUUUGGUUGCAAAUGGAUUGACGCAUCUUAAUCUGAGUUUGGACACCCUAGAUCCUUUCAAGUUCGAGAUCAUGACACGGAGACCCGGUCAUGCCCAUGUUUUGCGCUCCCUCGAUACCGCCCUUGCCUCUCCUGGGCUGAAGGCCGUGAAACUGAACGUAGUCAUCAUGAAGGGCCUCAACGAUCAUGAAGUGCUCGAUUUCGUGGAGCUCACCAAGGACAGGAAGCUCUCCGUGCGUUUUAUUGAAUUCAUGCCUUUUACAGGCAAUGCCUGGGAGGUCGACAAAAUGGUACCAUCGUCCGAUUUACUCUCGAAAAUCGUCGACAGUCAUCCUACCGUUCGCAAAACCGUGGAUGAAUUGAACGACACCGCCCGGUCGUUCCACGUCCCAGGGUACAAGGGAAGCUUUGGGUUCAUCAGCAGCAUGAGCGACCACUUCUGCUCGAGCUGCAAUCGGCUGCGAAUCACCGCCGACGGUCAGAUCAAGGUUUGCCUGUUCGACGCCAAAGAGAUAUCGCUGCGAGACAUGAUGCGGUCUGGCGCUUCGGAUGACCAGAUCUUGCAGGCGAUCGGGUUGGCGGUGAAAAACAAGGCGGAAAAGCACGCUGAUAUGGAGGAAAUCGACGUCAAGACCAAUCGUCCCAUGAUUCUCAUUGGAGCGACUGAACCCGCAUUGACACAUAUCGAUGCACAGGGGCGACCUUCUAUGGUUAAUGUAUCAUCCAAAGAUCCCACGAAACGAUCUGCGACUGCCUGCGGGCGAAUCAUCGUGCCUCGUGUGGCCUUCAACCUCAUAACCGGUUCAGUUUCCGAUGAACCUCUCGCUAGUUCGGAAGCAGCUUCGCUCGUGAAAGCGAAGGCGAAGGGAGACACGCUUACUGUUGCCCAGCUUGCGGGUAUCAUGGGCAGCAAACGCACCGCGGAUCUCAUUCCCCUGUGUCAUCCGCUUGCUUUGUCCCACGUCUCGGUCACCCUCACGCCGGAAGCAAAGAAGGAGGAUGCGAGCGGGAAGUGUCCAGAGUACUCGAUAUUAUGCAGUGCCACGGUCUCCAGUGAAGGCAAGACCGGCGUAGAGAUGGAAGCCCUUACUGCAGCUUCGGUGGCGUUACUGACGGUGUGGGAUAUGCUCAAAGCCGUCGCUGGAAAGGAAAUGGUCAUCACCGAUAUCCUCGUCCAGCGCAAAUCAGGCGGGCAGAGUGGUGCCUUCACUCGUAGCGUUUGA